AUGCUCUCACCAAAAUUCUUGCUAUCAUUAAUAAAUUUAGAGCAAUUAAAGCUUAUAAUUGAACGUCGCUGUUAUUCAUCAGAACAAGAUAUACAAGAAUGGAAAAAGUAUUUAUUAAUUGCUUCUUUUCCAAAACUUCAAUAUCUCGAAACACAAUAUUUAUCACCUCAUGGAGUUUUAAUUGCUAAAAAUUGUCCAAAUAUUGAAAGAUUAAGUAUUAAUACUUAUUUGAAAAAUUUAGGUGGUGUGAAAGAAAUUAUCUUAAAUUGUAAUAAAUUAAGAAAAUUAGAAAUUUUUAUAAAUUUUGAAGAUGAUGAUGAUGAUCAUGAACGUGAAAUUAUUUGUGAUGAAAUAUUAAAUUAUUUAUUAAAUUAUUCAUCAAGAAAUUUUGAUGAAUUUGCUUUUGAUCAAGAUUGGAGAUUUUCAGUUAAUAAUCUAAAAAAUUUUUUUGAAGGUUGGAGAGGUAGAAACCCAAUUAAAUUUGUCACACAUUUUCAUAAAUGUCAUCAUUUUACCCAAAAGCAUAUUGAAAUUGUACAGGAAUAUUAUGAUGAAGGAGUAAUUGAUAAAGAUACUAGAUCUUUAUAUGGAGUGAACGAUUUUUAA